ACAGAGGCUACAAGUUUCACACUAGACAACACACUAGGGGCGCUGGUCCUGGGACUCGCUGCAUCGUGUUUUGUGUAUGGGAUGUGCGUCGGGGUGUCCCUUGGAUCGGUUAGACUCACGAAAGCUCACCACAGUCUCCUCACGCAAGUUUGGACUUACUACCACCGGUACCUGUACGACGCACGGCGGGUGAGUGAAGCAGAUAAUAUUCUCCUCGGUCUGAAGCUCAUGCUGAUUCCAUCCUCUCUCAGUACAAGUUUCUGGUCGGCCUCAUUGUGUGAGCUGAAUUUGCAUUGCCCUAAACUCCAGCUCACUUAUUUUCUGCCAUCCAGCUUGCUCGAAACAGUCGACCAAGGUUUUAUUACCCACUUUGCAUAUUAUUACACAGUGACGAGUGCGGGGAAACCACUCUCGAUGGCGACGGGGAACAUGAAGUGGUCUCCGGUCCUACAGCAGAUGAUCGGGAAUCUUGUGGGCAUCACUGUAAAAUGCGUGUUCGCGGUUCGAGUGUACCGUUUCAGCCAGCGGAACCUCUGGAUCCCGUCUCUCAUCGUUGUCCUCAGCCUCAGCCAACUCUGUUUUUCUCUCUGGUUCACGGUCAAGGCAUUCGAGAUGCUCUCUAUUUCCGCCGUGUUCGGCCUUAAAAUACCCGCCACGACCUCCCUCGCGCUGGGCGUUUUCACAGACAUAACAAUCGCUGCCUCGCUAUCUUUCUUCCUGCGGCGUCUGCGGAGCGGGAUCGCCAGAACAGACUCGUUGGUGCGCCGACUCGUGCGAGACGCGAUCAACAUCGGCAUUCUCACUUCCACCGUCAGUCUCACAACGCUCUUGUUGUUUGAUCUUUCCGGGGGUAAUCUCGUAUUCGGGGCCACCUACUUUCUCCUCUCCAAACGUGCGUAG